AUGGCUGCGUUGUGGAACACCAGCCAACAGGAACAAAGCACCACACCUAUCAAAGCCAUGCGGAUUGCCCAGUUUCGAGAAGCAGCCAAGGUCGUAGACCUUACCUCGAACGGCAUUCUUCCCUUUUUUCCACGAUGCUUCAAACCGUGGGAUUAUGAGGGCCUGUACGUUCCCUCCUGGGACGAGUCAGCAGAUAGCUCGCCAGAGAACAUCUCAAGCUCGUCAGAGUCCAGCUCACAAGAUGAAUGGGAAGAGGAGAUAUAA